UGCUCCACCGGCCGGCUAGUCAGACUUCUCUCUUUCUCUCUCUAGUAGCUUUCUUUGCCCUAUUGUUGCUCUUCCUCUUGUUCCUGCUUGUUUCGCUCUUCUUUGUUCGGCCUCGCGUGCUCGUAGAGUGGUUCCCAUCUUUUGCCCGCUUCCGAGGAAACUCUCUAACCUAAGAUGAAAGGAGGGAAGGGGAAGGCGACAACAACCAAGAAGGAAACUCCAGAAGUACUAAAGCCAUCUGAUGACAGGCUUGGAAAACGCAAAGCUGCUGUGAAGGCUGACAAGAGUAGUAAGAGCAAGGCUAACAACAAUAAGAAGGCAAAAAAGGACCCUAACAAACCAAAGAGGCCGGCCAGCGCUUUCUUUGUUUUUUUGGAAGAGUUCAGGGAGAUUUAUAAGCGAGAACAUCCUAAUGUCAAAGCUGUAUCAGUUGUUGGUAAAGCUGGUGGAGAGAAAUGGAAAUCAUUGACUCGAGCGGAAAAAGCUCCUUAUGAAGCCAAAGCUGCAAAAAGGAAGAUUGAAUAUGAAAAACAAAUUUCAGCAUAUAACAAGAAGCAGGAAAGCAAUGCUGAUGAAGGUGAUGAAGACUCUGAUAGGUCCAAGUCUGAAGUUAAUGACGAAGAUGAUGAGGAAAGUGGCGAGGACGAAGAAGAAGAAGAUGAUGAUGAGGAGUAAAGCUUGUGGCUUUGAUAUCUGUCGCUUUGAUCCAUAAUAUAGAACCUGCGUUUUGUAUUCUGGUAUGUUAGGGGGCAAAGCUUACUUCUGUGAUGUUUAUGUUAUAGCUUUAAUGGCUGUGGUACUUUUAUCCUGUGUUUCUAUAUAAUUGUUCAUCAUCUGCUCCCUCCCCUGCUCAAGUGGCUAGGCAUUUCUAAAAUUUGUUCAACUUAAGAUUCUUAUUAAGUUAGUUCCCUUUUCUCACCA